AACCUAAUCCUAAGCGAUAGGGUCGCUUCCCCACCCAUCACUCUCCUUCCUUCCGCUUCCCCAUCCCCCCUCCCUCUCUCCUUUCUCCUCUCCCACCGCCGCACCUAUUUUCAUUUUUCAGCCACUAUAGCUUUCUGCAAUUCCUCAAAAAUCCAUCACCACAUUCAAUUCAUCAUCAUCCUUUCUUAACCCGUAAAUGCUCUUCCUCGUCCCAAUCCGCGAAAUGGCUCGGAUUCAAUCCAAGCCUCUGGUGAGACAGUGCAGCUUAGCGGGGAGCUGCUUGCGACGGUGGCGACGGGAUGGAAGCGCCGGGAGCGGGGAGUUGCUUGCUACAACAAGGACUGGCGAUGGCGAUGCGAUGGUGACUGGGGAUGGCGAUGCCGUCGGGAAGCGCCGAUGGCGGGACAAGAGGUGUUGACGGCCGAUUCCACGAUUGCCCUUUUCUAUUUUUUUAGGGUAAACCAAACGGCCGAACCGCGCGACCGGUUUGAGCGGCUCGAGCGGUUAACCGCUUCGGCCGCUCGCCGGCCGCUGUAUAAAACCGUGGUGGUUAAAUAGCUGAUCCGAGCCGGUUUUACGACUGGGUGGCGGCUUUGGCGGUCCGGCCGGCCGGCUCGGUUCGGCUUUGACAGCACUACUUUUUAGUGUUGAAGCAGACAAAUCCUUACUACUAGUACUCCCACCACUAUCCCCAGCCCACCUUAGCUGGAUCUCACCACCCACAAUACAUAUUAUAAUUUUCCACGUCAUCGUAAUUUAUGAUGAUCACUAUAAACUUAGAAUUAUACCGGUGUAUAUUAUAAGAAGUACUUGGUACUACCAUCAUUAGAGGAGCAGUGCCUAAAUCUAAAAAUGUUCCAGAAUCUUUUUGAUUGAUUGCUCGUUCGAGAGUUACGAUCUUUGGCUAACUCAAAAAAAAAAAAAAAGAUGGCAGGUACAAUAAAUUUUCAUGUACAAUAACAAACUGCACUCACAGUCAAAUAAUCUAAACGUGCUAUGACCCGGAGAAGAAAGCCUCUACAGGUUGAAAGGCUUGCGGCCUGUGGGCUUUACCGAAUGAUUUGAGGAGUAUCGUCCAUCACCAAUAGGCCCGCUUCGCAGGACAGAUGCUUAAUGGGUCUUGAGCCCAUUUAUACUCAAGAGUCUUCAGCAGCCCAGAAUAAUGACUUGAUCUUCACUCCAUCUUGACUCGAACUAAAGUGGAUAUUAAUGGCGCAUCAUAAUCUCAUCCUCAAAGAACCGUCUGGUACUAAUGAUCAAAGUUUUCAAUGAUCAAUAGGUAUUGUGUUCGAAUCUCAGUAACUCUUAUAAGAGUAUCAGUUCUGUGCAAUUAUCAAGUCAUAUGAAUUGGCUUUGGUUUGAGUGACUAGGUGUUUCGCGCAAAACCAAAUAUCAACCGCCGAGUGUGCCAUUUUAUUUCGGGCGAUGUUGAUUUGAUGUGGAAACUUUUGCGGUGUCGUUUGAUCGGAUGCACCACUGACUGCUGAAAUCAAGACGACCGUCAAAUAUCCACCACUUGGUGUACUAAAUUGUUUCGAGCGGUGUUCAUUUGAUCGAUGCACCUCUUACUUCUGAAAACCAAGACGAUUGUUACUCGGUUCACACCUCUCCAAACAAUGUUCGAACGAGGGUGUUAGAGAUUUUUUGUGGAAUCUACGUUACAACUACUCCUAUGGAGAUUUCUGUGGAGAGCUUCGCUACUAUGCUACGACUACGACUAUGGAGAUCCUUCCUGGAAGGAGAGCUCCGCGAAGGAGUUACAGAGAAAAAGAAAGUUUUGAUAAAGUUGUUUUGUGUUGAUUUUUUGUUGUCUCUCGAUGUUGUUAUUUCAUAGCUCGAUGUUGUUAUUUCAUAGCUCGCAAGACUAUUGGACUUGCAAUGUUGUUGGAAUCGCAACGUUGUCGAACUCACUACACGCUUAACUUGUGGCAUCGGUGAUCUCCACGAUGAUGUCAAACUUGCUCGCGAAACCGUUGGAUUUGCGACCUUGUUGUUUAGCUUGCAACAUAGCUGCAUACCAUGUUGUUGUUGUUGAGCUCGCGGCAUUGCUUACCGUAGUAUUGUUUCUCUCGCGGCGACAUUAACCUCACGACACUGUGACAAUUAUUUCUAAACUGAAAUUAUUUUUUGGUAUAAACACCAUGAAUCUUAAUGGCUCGGAAAACUGUUAUAAUUUGGUUUGAAGAUUUUAAGAAAUUUUCUUUGUCUCUAACUUGCUACCCGUUAAAUUAGAGAAUUUGUAGCGCGAUGGACUAGUAACUAUUUUUGGUCACCAUGUGAAUCCAAUUAAUAACCUAAGAUGGUCGAGUUCAAAAUUAGAAUGAACUGGUAUGCCAACA